AUGCGGAACGGAGCGAGUGUUGCUGGAGGCAGCUUAGGAGCAGUAGGAAGGGCGGGCAGGGUGGUGGGCGAGGGAAUGCUGCGGCAGCAGGGUGGGGAAGUGGGUGCUAGGGAGGAGGAGGGAGGUGAAGAGAGAGCAGGUGCAUCAAGAGAGGGAGCAGGAGCAAGUGGGGUUGUGGCCAGAGGAUUGGACCCAGGGCGUGGGCUCGCCACAGCAGCCAUGGGAUGGAGAGGAGGGGCAUCAGGCACACUAGCACAGGCUGUGGGUCCACCCACGUGCAUGUGCACAAUAUACGAGGACGCAGCAGCCUACCUGCUGCUGGUGUCGCUGCCCCACUGCGACCUCUCCCGUCUCCGAGUCACGUGGCGCAACGACGGUGCUGCAGGCAUAGUGAAGAUCUCCUGUGCUGCCAUCUUCCCUCCACCAUCUGUAUCUCGCUCCGGCCGCACGUUCCGCCAAGUGUCACGCUCCCAUUGGCCGGGGGAGCACUGCCCUGUUGGCCCGUUUGAACGGGAGGUGCAGCUGCCCCAGCGCAUACCAGAGAAUGCUGACGUGGCAGCCAGUGUGUCAGCAGAUGGGUCCGGUAUCGAGCUUCUGGUGCCGAAGCUGAUGGCAGUCACGGAGGAGCGUGAGGUCCGGGUGCUCCUUCCGGGCCUGCAACGAACCUGA